AUUUAUUGCACUGGCGUAUCCCAGUGGUUGCCUAGUAACGCGCUGGCAGUGGGCGCCGUAGAAGGAUCUAUGGUGGGCGCUCCAUUAAAACCGUUGGCGCUCCUGACCUUGGCGUCGUGAAUGCGCAAAGCACACAGACGGUGCAGAGGAGCAGAUAAGAGCGAAGAUCUGCGCGUUUGAUACCGACGCCGGGAGGAAUAUUUCUCACACACCGCUUUGUUUUGCAGCCACACGGGCAUGAUGGAGGAAAUGUCGGGAUGAAGCGCGGUCCAGCAGAUCUCCGUACAAUGCAAUGAAAAAAGGAAGCAGAGGCUUUCCAUACCUGGCUGAGGUGAACUCGGAUUUGGAAACUGAUCUAAAGGCACACUGAGAGAUGCCCGUUUGACAGAGUCGGUGCAAAGAGGCUGAACAGACACUAGAGUGUGCAUUUGUGUUGUGUGAGGGCGCCGUCUCGCUCAGACCAUGUGGCUGGCUACGUUUAGAGGCCAUCUGUUGCCUACACACCUGCUACAUCAGCAAGGAACCACAACCCUCGCCCACUGUGCCCUUCUUUGGUGGAUAUCAUGUUCCUGCUGGUCACUGACCAAAGCAACAAGCCAGAAAUUCUACCCAACGGUGACAACCCAGUUUGGGAAGCUGCGGGGCCUUAGGGUUCCUGUGCCCAGUGAAGUUCUCAGGCCAGUUGAUCAAUACCUCGGGGUUCCUUAUGCGGCGCCACCUGUAGGCGAGAAGCGUUUCAUGCCGCCUGAGCAGCCGUCAUCUUGGUCAGGUGUAAAGAAUGCUACCCACUUCAUGCCUGUGUGCCCUCAGAACAUCCACAGCACAGUGCCAGAGAUCAUGAUGCCCAUAUGGUUCACAUACAACCUGGACACUGUAGCAACUUACAUUCAGGAUCAGAGCGAGGACUGUUUGUAUCUGAACAUCUACGCUCCAACAGAUGAUGGAAGCCAACACAGGAAAAAGGGGGCGUCUUUCUCACAUGCCGAGAUUCAUAUAUCCGAAGAUAUAAGGGACUCCGAAGCCCGACCUGUGAUGGUUUAUAUCCACGGAGGCUCCUAUAUGGAGGGCACCGGCAACAUGAUGGACGGCAGCAUUCUGGCCAGUUAUGGGAACGUUAUUGUCGUCACACUCAACUACAGAAUUGGAAUAUUAGGCUUUCUCAGCACCGGUGACCAGGCAGCAAAAGGCAACUAUGGACUCCUGGAUCAGAUUCAAGCUCUCCGCUGGAUAAGUAAAAACAUUGGAUACUUUGGAGGAGACCCAGGUCGCAUCACAGUCUUUGGAUCUGGAAUUGGUGCUUCUUGUGUCAGUCUGCUCACUCUCUCUCACCACUCAGAGGGUCUUUUCCACAGAGCCAUCAUCCAAAGUGGUUCAGCACUGUCCAGCUGGGCGGUCAACUACCAGCCAGUCAAGUACACCCGCAUGCUGGCUGAGAGGGUGGGCUGCAAUGUGUUGGACACGGUGGACAUGGUAUCCUGCCUGCAGAAGAAAAGCGCCAAGGAACUUGUUGAACAAGACAUCCAGGCUGCCCGCUAUCGUGUCGCGUUUGGACCCGUCAUUGACGGUGACGUCAUCCCUGAUGACCCAGAGAUUCUGAUGGAGCAGGGCGAGUUCCUCAACUACGAUAUAAUGCUGGGUGUCAACCAGGGUGAAGGGCUGCGCUUUGUGGAGAAUGCGAUGGACCUGGAGGAUGGCGUGUCUGGCAGUGACUUUGACUUUGCUGUGUCAGACUUUGUUGACAGCUUGUACGGGUAUCCAGAGGGAAAAGACACACUGAGGGAGACAAUUAAAUUUAUGUACACAGACUGGGCCGACAAAGAUAACCCAGAGACCAGAAGGAAGACUCUUGUUGCUCUCUUCACUGACCACCAGUGGGUGGAACCAUCAGUUGUUACAGCAGACCUACAUGCCCGCUAUGGCUCGCCCACUUACUUCUACGCCUUCUACCACCACUGCCAGAGCCUUAUGAAACCGGUGUGGUCGGACUCAGCCCAUGGAGAUGAGGUGCCUUAUGUGUUUGGCAUUCCUAUGGUGGGCCCAACAGAUCUGUUCCCCUGUAACUUCUCCAGGAAUGACAUCAUGCUCAGUGCUGUAGUUAUGACGUACUGGACCAACUUUGCAAAGAGCGGGGAUCCCAACAAGCCGGUGCCACAGGACACCAAGUUCAUCCACACUAAAGCCAACCGCUUUGAAGAGGUGGCCUGGUCUAAAUACAACCCAUAUGAUCAAAUGUAUUUGCAUAUUGGUCUGAAGCCUCGCAUUCGUGACCACUACCGUGCCACCAAAGUGGCCUUCUGGAAACAUCUGGUGCCCCAUCUGUACAACCUCCACGACAUGUUCCAUUACUCCUCCACUACCACCAAAGUCACCCCUCUGGAUGCUACCCAGUCCAAUGGCAAGAGGUCGAGCAGCACCGGACGUACUCCCAUAUCUACCGCCAACAGUCACGGCGAAGGGGGCGGUGAGAUGGGUCCUCUAAUCAUGCCGAACCCAAGAGAUUACUCCACAGAGCUGAGUGUCACCAUCGCUGUAGGGGCGUCAUUACUCUUCCUCAAUGUUCUGGCCUUUGCGGCACUGUACUACCGCAAGGACAAGCGCAGUCGCCAGGAAACAUCCCAGCAGCCCAGUCCUCAGCGUGAGAGCAAAGGCAACAGUGCAGGUCACACCAACACAGUGGAUGAGACCCUGUCAUCCCAGCAAAGGAACCCGUGUGAGGCCCUUCACAAUCCUCUCCACGUCUCACCCAGCUACUCCAUCAGUCAGCGUCGCUCCCCUGAUGACAUCCCUCUGAUGACCCCCAACAACAUCACCAUGAUCCCCAAUUCCCUAAUGGGCCUCUCCAACAUGAGCCCAUAUAGCACCUUUCCUGCUGGUUACAGCUCGGCUGGUUUGCCCAGCACUCACUCAACCACACGGGUAUAGCUUCAUAGCCAACGGAGAUGAGAAAUAUUGUAUACACGAAACAUGAAAUGUAAAACUGUAUUUAGGAUGUGUAGAUAAAAAAGAAGGAUUGAAGAUGUUUAUUCAUUCUUUUCCAAAGGUGUUACACCUCCAACAUCUUGCCUUUGCUCUCUCGUGAUAGGAAAUCAAACUGCUUAGUCAUUUUAUAAUAACCAGUUUCAAUGGUGGUAAAAAAAAUAAAGUGCAUUUCAUUUUUCACGUUGGCUUUUUUGGAACUUUACCCUGCAAGAACUUAGUAUAAUGUUUAUACAGUUGGAUUUGUAUGAGAAGCUUUUUCUUACUCUGUGAUAUCUAUUUUGCUCUUGUGGGACAAAGUGACAUUACAAUUUGUGGUGGACAGAGAUGAGUUCUGGAAAAAAAAGUGUAAGAAGUAGUAUUAUGAUUGCAAUAUUCAAGCUAUUUUAUACAUAUCUCUCAUUUGACAUUGCUUAUUAUAGAAAUGUAUUUUUACUGUAAUUGCUUUAAAAAUGCGUUGUACAUUGCUUACAACAGGAGUUACUGUGGAAUCAUAGCAGAAACCAUGGACGUCUCACUUAGAUAAUGGUCAAACACUGUAAAAAUCAUUUCAAAUGUUUCCUUCUGGUCAUAUUGAAACUGGUGGGGGUCUGUGGAUGGGGGAGUUGGUCGAGGCAUCAAAAAAUUACAUUAUAAAAUGUAAAUUAUGCAUUUUUUAAAUGAAUUAUUCACUUUUGCAUCAUGUAAUGUCGUGUGACUUAUUGUAGUCUAAUUGAGUAUCCUUGCCAUAUUUUAGCUUUAUGUGCUCAUGAUUUUUGCUAGGUACACUGUAGUAAUAUAACUUUUGCCUCACUAUAGACAAAAAUAAUUACUUAAGAUGUGUUUCACUGACUAACUCAUAUUUUUUUUUGCCUUUCCUUCUUUGUACAGCAUAAUCCUAGCCCAAUAUUUAAUUUCUUGUUUGUUUACCAAUACUGUAAGGAGAGAUUACUCUAAAUGUAUAUAUACCAAUUCAGUUAUUCACUCUUAAGAUGGAGUCUUAAGGGACUGAAAAGACUUCUGCUUCAAAGGAUUGGGACCCUGGAAACCAUAAAUCUAAAGGACGUCCUUUACUGACUGGACAUAAUGGGAGAUCUGAUAUGUUUCUUUUGAACUUAUCAUAACAUUGUUUUAUCUAAAUGAAAAAUUAUUAAAAGAUUUUUCAAACUAAA